CAUCUCUAUCUAAUUUCCAUGCGGUACUAUGUUUUCUUUGCAAGUACUAGCACAAACAGCUAGCUACUAUUUUUGAACUUGUCAUAAUUAGUCUCUAAUUCUAAUUAGCCAUACAUUGAACACACCAGCACACCUUAAACGUAAGUGGUAUUUGUUCCACACAGGUACACUAUGCCUUCACUCUCAGAAGCCUACCGAGCCCACCCCGUGCACGUUCAACACAAGCACCCUGACUUAAACUCCCUACAAGAACUCCCCGAGUCUUACACUUGGACACACCAUAGCCAUGAUGAUCAUACUCCUGCAGCUUCCAACGAGAGUGUCCCCGUUAUUGAUCUCAACGACCCAAAUGCUUCAAAGUUGAUACACCAUGCAUGCAUAACUUGGGGAGCGUACCAAGUGGUGAACCAUGCCAUACCCAUGAGCCUCCUCCAAGACAUUCAAUGGGUUGGGGAGACACUCUUCUCUCUCCCUUGUCACCAAAAACAAAAAGCAGCUCGUUCCCCUGACGGUGCUGAUGGCUAUGGCCUUGCUCGCAUCUCUUCCUUCUUCCCCAAACUCAUGUGGUCUGAGGGAUUCACAAUUGUUGGAUCCCCUCUUGAGCAUUUUCGUCAACUCUGGCCCCAAGAUUACCACAAAUACUGUGAUAUCGUCAAGCGAUAUGAUGAAGCGAUGAAAAAGCUAGUGGGAAAGCUGAUGUGGCUGAUGUUGGAUUCUCUGGGUAUUACAAAGGAAGACCUGAAAUGGGCCGGGUCCAAAGGCCAAUUCAAAAAGACAUGCGCAGCCUUGCAAUUGAACUCUUACCCGACUUGUCCGGAUCCGGAUCGGGCCAUGGGUCUGGCCGCCCACACCGACUCCACCCUUCUCACAAUCCUUUACCAAAACAACAUAAGCGGGUUGCAGGUUCACCGAAAAGGCGGCGGGUGGGUGACGGUGGCACCAGUCCCCGAAGGGCUUGUGAUCAAUGUAGGCGACCUCCUCCACAUAUUGUCGAACGGGUUGUACCCGAGUGUGCUCCACCGGGUCUUAGUGAACCGGAUCCAGCAAAGGCUUUCAGUUGCGUAUUUAUGUGGGCCCCCUCCGAAUGUGGAGAUAUGUCCACAUGCGAAGCUAGUGGGCCCAAAUAAGCCUCCCCUUUAUAAGGCAGUGACUUGGAAUGAGUACCUUGGCACUAAAGCAAAGCAUUUCAACAAGGCACUCUCAAACGUUCGGCUUUGUGCACCUAGCUAGCUAUUAGCGGUUCGUUUGAUGUAAACCAGCCUCACACAAUUGCUUCGAUCCUUCCCUCUUGCAUGGUCUAUUUUCUACCAAACAUGAAUGAAACACCUCUUCUUUUUCUUUUUUUGCUUAAUAUGAAUGGAAACUUGGUGGGGAUCGAUGCCAACAAUAAAUAAGUUCAAGAGGGUGUAUAUGUAUGUAGAUAUAUUUGUUUGGCUCUAAACUGGAGAGAGAAUACUGGGGAUAAGAUAGUCUCAUCCGUGUUUCAUUUGUCUUUGUCUUUGUCUGGAAAGGGACAUCACUAAAUUGUCGAAGCUGAUUAUUCAAUUCGACCACAGGACUCGCCAAAAAACAUUUUCUUUCCAACUCGGUUUCUAUAUUUAUUUAUGUUCAUAUUAUUUUUAGGGUGUAAGCAUUUAUGAUAUAUACUUUUAACUUGUACCUUUAUAAUGAGAAGGAGUUUGGUCCAA